UUAUUUUGGAAAAAUGACAAGGAUUCGGUUUGCGGAAGGGAUCUCAACUUCCGGAAAGGAUUGUGUUUCGCGUAUCGAUAAACAAUUCACCUUCCUGGUUAGAACACUACCUUGUCAGGAGGAAAUUGAACCACCUCUACCGUCUGAAGCUGAAUACAGAGACUGUGAGUGGGUCAUCAGGCAGUCUCCCUAUGUCAGGCCGAAACGGGUCUGCAAGUGAUGCAGACUGCCGGAUCUCUGAGGACUGCCAUGUCCCAGAUGUUGAGUUGAUGGAGCUGGGGCCACUUCUGAAGGAGGGAGGGGGCCGACAAGCAGCAUCUAAAGGUGUCCAUCCAGAGGGAGCCACGAUGCUUGCUGAUGAGGAAGAGGAUGAUGAUGAGGUGGGAGAAGUGCUGACCUUACCACUCCAGGCUCACCAUGCCAUGGAGAAGAUGGAGGAGUUUGUACAUAAGGUGUGGGAGGGUCGUUGGAGGGUCAUCCCCUUUCAUGUCCUACCAGAGUGGCUUAAGGACAACGAUUACCUCCUGCAUGGACAUCGGCCUCCUAUGCCCUCUUUCCGGGCGUGUUUUGGAAGCAUCUUCAGAAUUCACACUGAGACAGGAAACAUCUGGACUCACCUGUUAGGGUUGAUUUUGUUCCUCUGUCUGGGCACGUUAACCAUGCUGCGGCCCAACAUCUAUUUUAUGGCCCCGCUGCAAGAGAAAGUGGUGUUUGGGAUGUUCUUCCUGGGUGCAGUGCUCUGCCUCAGCUUCUCCUGGCUUUUUCAUACAGUCUACUGCCACUCUGAGAAAGUGUCUCGCACCUUCUCCAAGCUUGACUACUCGGGCAUUGCCCUCCUCAUCAUGGGCUCCUUCGUGCCCUGGCUGUACUACUCGUUCUAUUGUUCCCCUCAGCCUCGACUUAUCUACCUCACCAUUGUAUGUGUUCUUGGCAUUGCUGCCAUCAUAGUGGCACAGUGGGACCGUUUCUCUACACCUCGUCACAGACCUACGAGAGCAGGAGUGUUCAUGGGUCUUGGACUGAGCGGCAUUGUUCCCACCAUGCACUUCACCAUUGAAGAGGGCUUUGUUAAGGCCACCACAGUCGGCCAGAUGGGUUGGUUUUACCUGAUGGGGGCCAUGUAUAUCACUGGUGCUGGUCUGUAUGCAGCCAGGAUCCCUGAGCGCUAUUUUCCUGGCAAGUGUGACAUCUGGUUCCAUUCUCAUCAGAUCUUUCAUGUCCUGGUCGUGGCAGCGGCGUUCAUUCAUUUCUAUGGGGUUUCCAACCUGCAGGAGUUCCGCUAUGGCCUUGAGGGAGGAUGCACAGACGACUCACUACUCUGAGGGGCCUGACUGUGACUUACUCAUACUUUUCUUUAUAGCCUCACGAACACCACACACACACACACACACACACACACACACACACACACACUUAAAAUGCUGCUGGAAUUCAAUAUAUAGUCACUUAUUGCUCCUUCUGUACUUCUGAUUUGCAAACAUCUUGCUUGGGUUUUGGUAGACUUUCUGUUUGGCUCUUUUUUGCUCCAGUAAAGUAGCAUUAACUAGCCAUUGAACUAUGGAGGGAAUCCUCAGCAGGCACUAUUUCUUUAGUUAUUGUUAAGCUUGAAGUCUGUGUUUUCAAGUAAGGUCAAAAUGGGAUUUUAACCAAAAUGCUAUAUUCUUGUAACUGAUGAUUACUUCUGUAAAGCUAACUAGUGGCCCAACCUCUCCAUAGUCUGUCACUGUUGCAUAAAGGGUACAGAGAGUAUUACAUGUGUGUAUGUGCAGAGGACACAUACUGUAAACCAUUCCUUUCCUCCUCACCAGUCUCCAUAGAGGUUAGAAGAUGAACGUACUGUCCAGCAGGAGUUGGUGUAGAGGUCGGUGUGGAGCAGAACAGGACCGGUUAGGUUGCUGAAGGGCCUGAGCACAUAUUCCUAUGAGGAUGAGGAAAGUAUACACGUUUUGUGUAUGGGUGUCACCAGAUGAUUUUUUUUUUAUUUUACUGACACUGAUUGCGAAGCUGUCUGUUAAAACAUGGAAGACCACCACAUGUCUGGUCUGCAAUAAAACAUGAUGUAUACUCUGAGGCCCAGUGAAUACUCUAAAAUUCCAACACAAUCUAAAAUACAGGAACAUACAGCUUAAAUCCUACCAGUGUGGUCUGUAGAUGUUGCUUAGUAAGACAAGCUGUAUUGCUAAUCAGAGGUCUUCCCAAAAUUAAAAGGCUGAAUACUUCAAGUGAAUAUUUCAGUUGAUUAACUUAACUUCACAUUGAAAAGUUCCUUUGCACUUUGAUGCACUGUUUUUAAUUGACAAAAGUUGCAAACAAAUGAUUUUUAAAUAACAUGAUGGCACAGACAAGCUGCGACUGUGCGAAGAUAUAUGAGCUCAGUUCAGGUUAGGCUGAGAUGCUUAAAUCGUUCAAGUUAAAGGAAUUUGUCGCCAUCAUUUUUCAGUCAGACAACACAUCAUUGAUUCAUUUCUAUUUCUAGAGUUCCUGGGCUGCGCACAAUGUACAGAUCAGGAUAACUGAAAAAAGUGUUUUGUCAGCUAGAGAACCUUUUUUUGUGUGUGCUAGAUUUCAGAUGCAACAAGAGGUGUAGAUAUCAAAUGCACCUUAGCAUAAACUAUUAAAUUCAAAACUUUAGAUUACAGUAUGGGGUUUAAAAUGUGUUAUGUAUGAUUGAUAUAAACUUUUAGUAUUCCUGUGCCUUAGGCCAAUGGAAAUGUUUUUAAGGAAACGGCCUAUCUUAACAGUAAAGGGAGCUUCACUGAUUCCAGAUGUUAACUUUUCUUGUUUUCCUUGCCAUAUAUACAAUCGAAUCACUAUUGAACUUACAAACCCAUCAAUAGGUUGUAUCAACUGCUGUUUAAGACUCCUUUUUCUAGAUCGACUUAUUCAAGCUUUAUUACAAAGACUAAAAGAACGUGUAUUCUUGAUUUUGUGUAACGUACUGUGUAGAAAGUGAUACAUCAUACAUUUCACUGAAAUGUAAACAUAAAUAUUUAUUAAUGGUAAUCUUGGAAAAUUAUUGGAAUAAAUUUUUUUCCACAUGUACAAA